AUGACGACGGCAAAAAUUUUGACUGCAGUAGUUUCUUGUGCUACUGCCCUCAUGCUUGUGCACAUUAUUCUUGAUCUUUUGAGUGUUAAAACUAGAGAAUUGUUUCUAAAAAACAAGGCUGCAGAGUUGGAUAGGGAAAUGGGUCUUAUCCGGACUCAGGAAGAGACAUGUAGGCAUGUCCGGAUGUUGACUCAUGAAAUCAGAAGCACUCUUGACCGACACACUAUACUGAAGACCACUCUAGUUGAACUGGGUAGGACAUUAUCGUUGGAAGAAUGUGCCUUGUGGAUGCCAACACGUACUGGGUUGGAGCUCCAGCUUGCCUACACUCUAAGGCAGCAUAAUCCUGUUGGAUAUACUGUACCCAUCCAUCUACCUGUAAUUAAUCAAGUAUUUAGUAGUAACCGGGCUGUGAAAAUUUCUCCCAAUUCGCCGGUGGCUAGACUAAGGCCUCUUGCUGGAAAGUACCCUGGAGAGGUGGUUGCUGUUCGGGUGCCACUCCUCCAUCUCUCUAAUUUUCAGAUUAAUGACUGGCCCGAGCUUUCAACCAAGCGCUAUGCUUUGAUGGUCUUAAUGCUUCCCUCAGAUAGUGCGAGGCAGUGGCAUACCUAUGAGUUGGAGCUUGUUGAAGUAGUUGCUAAUCAGGUAAUACCUCAUUUCCUGAAUGUUCGCUCUUCAUCUUUGUGA